AUGAACGGCACCAUUUCAUUAAAAAUUACACAAAAUUCUGGAAAAGAAAAACUAACUAGUCACUAUAAAAAGCACACACAAAAAAAGGCAGGCCAGGCCAGAAGACCCAAAGUAGGUCCAGCCACAAGACCCAAAGUAGGCCCAGCCACAAGACCCAAAGCAGGCCCAGCCACAAGACCCAAAGUAGGCCCAGCCACAAGACCCAAAGCAGGCCCAGCCACAAGACCCAAAGCAGGCCCAGCCACAAGACCCAAAGUAGGCCCAGCCACAAGACCCAAAAGCAGGCCCAGCCACAAGACCCCAAAGCAGGCUCAACCCAGGGGCCAGCAGAUCAGCCACAAGACCCCAAAGCAGGUGCAGCCUGGGACCCAAAGCAGGCCCAGCCGCAAGACCCAAAACAGGCCCAGCCGCAAGACCCAAAACAGGCCCAGCCACCGCAAGACAGCCCAAAACAGGCCCAACCAGAACCCAAAAGCAGGCCCAACCAGGAGACCCAAAUCAGGCCCAACUAGGGGCCCAAAAGCAGGCCCAGUCACAGACCCAAAAGCAGGCCCAGCCACAAGAACCCAAAGCAGGUAG